UCUCCCAAUAUAUUAAGCCCAAACUCUUUAAUAUAAUGGGUUACAGUAAGCACAAUCGGUCUCUCUCUCUCUUCUGGGGUUUUCUCUCCUUCUACUUCGUUCUUUGUCGUCUCUCUCUCUUUCUAGUUAGAUGGCGACUGGCAGAUCCGCUAGUAUGCCGUCACGCUUGCGACAGCUUCUUUCCGGCGAAGGCUCCAUCGGCCCCUCUAUUAGACUCGACGCCGAGCCUCCUCCGGAGAUCAAGUCGUUUAUAGAGAAAGUAAUACAGAGUCCACUCUCUGAUAUUGCGUUACCUCUCUCUGGUUUUCGCUGGGAGUACAGUAAGGGGAACUUCCAUCACUGGAGACCUCUGUUUCUACAUUUUGACAAGUACUUCAAGACUUUUUUGUCAAAUAGGAAUGACCUUCUCUUGUCUGAUAACAUUCUGGGAGAUGAGGAUCCCUUUCCCAAGAACACUCUUCUUCAAAUUCUUCGGGUCAUGCAGAUCAUUCUCGAGAACUGUCCCAACAAAAGCUCCUUUGAUGGUUUAGAGCACUUUAAGCUCCUGCUCGCGUCCACGGAUCCAGAUGUUCUCAUUGCAGCCUUGGAAACUCUUGCGGCGCUUGUGAAAAUCAGCUCGUCUAAGCUCCACAGGAGUGGAAAGUUGGUUGGAUGUGGUUCUGUAAACAGCUUCCUUCUCUCUCUUGCCCAGGGCUGGGGUAGCAAAGAGGAGGGAUUGGGUUUGUAUUCCUGCGUUGUGGCUAACGAGAGGAACCAGGAAGACGGUCUGACCUUAUUUCCUUCCGGCUUGGAUAAUGAUCACAACGAAGCAGCUUCUCGGAUUGGUUCUACUGUUUAUUUUGAGUUGCGUGGACACAGUGCCGAGAGAAUAAGUGAUGGUAGUAGCGCUAGUUCUUCUUCAAGGGUGAUACAGAUUCCUGAUUUGCACUUGAGGAACGAGGAUGAUCUAGUGUUAAUGAAGGAGUGUUUAGAGCUUUACAAUGUUCCCCCGGAGCUCAGGUUCUCUCUACUCACCCGAGUCAGAUAUGCUCAUGCUUUUCGUUCUUCCAGAACCUGCCGGUUGUAUAGCAGGAUCUGCCUACUUGCGUUUGUUGUACUUGUUCAGUCAAGUGAUGCUCAAGAAGAACUUGCAUCCUUUUUUGCAAAUGAACCUGAGUAUACAAAUGAAUUGAUUAGAAUUGUCAGAUCUGAAGAACCAAUCCCUGGAACCAUUAGAACUCUUGCCAUGCUUGCAUUGGGCGCCCAAUUGGCUGUAUACUCGGCCUCUCAUGAUCGAGCCAGGAUUCUAAGCAGAUCUAGCAUCAGUUUCGCUGUAGGCAACAGAAUGAUUCUGCUUAAUGUGCUUCAGAAAGCCGUGCUGUCUUUGAAGAUUUCUAGUGAUCCAUCAUCUAUUGCUUUUGUUGAGGCGCUACUUCAGUUUUAUUUGCUUCACAUUGUUUCAUCAUCAUCAUCUGGAAGCACUAUAAGGGGGUCUGGAAUGGUUCCCACAUUUCUCCCUCUCUUGGAGUAUACUGAUCCGACUCACCUGCAUCUUGUGUAUUUGGCUGUUAAAGCACUACAAAAGCUCAUGGAUUAUAGCAGUUCUGCAGUACCUCUACUCAGGGAUCUUGGGGGUGUAGAACUGUUGUCUCAGAGAUUAGAGUUGGAGGUUCAUCACAUUCUUAAGUUGACUGGAGAGAACAACAGUGAUAUGGUAGUUGGUGAAUCUUCAGAAAUAAAUGGUGAUCAGUUACUCUCCCGAAAGAGACUCAUCAAGGUUCUUCUGAAAUCUCUUGGUUCUUCUACGUAUACUCCUGGAAAUGCGAAUAGGUCUCAAAGUUCUCAGGAGAGUACGUUGCCUGCCACUUUGUCGUUGAUAUACAGGAAUGCAGAUAAGUUUGGUGGGGAUAUCUAUUACUCAGCUGUGACAGUUAUGAGUGAUUUAAUCCACAAAGACCCCACAUCUCUUACUUCCCUGUUUGAAAUGGGCCUCCCUGAAGCAUUUCUGUCUUCAGUUGUAUCAGGAAUACUUCCUUCUUCCAAGGCUAUUGCAUGCAUUCCAAAUGGCUUGGGUGCAAUAUCUCUUAAUAGCAAAGGAUUGGAGACAGUAAAAGAAACUUCUGCACUGCGCUUCCUUGUUGAUGUAUUUACUUCCAAGAAGUAUGUUCUAGCUAUGAAUGAGGCCAUUGUUCCGUUUACAAAUGCCGUGGAAGAGCUUCUGCGCCAUGUUUCAUCUCUAAGAGCCACCGGUGUUGAAAUAAUCAUUGAAAUUGUGGAUAGAAUUGCAUGCUUUGGAGAGAGUGAUUCUUCAUCGUCUUCUGUAAAUCUGACCGAAAGUACUGCAAUGGAAAUGGAUUCAGAUGUGAAGAACAUAAAUGGCGUCAGUCAUGAGCAGUUUGUUCAACUCUGCAUCUUUCAUCUGAUAAUUCUGCUGCACCGAACAAUGGAGAAUGCUGAGACUUCUCGUCUCUUUGUUGAGAAGUCUGGCAUUGAGGCUUUACUUAAGCUUCUCUUGCGACCUAGCAUUGCUCAGUCUUCUGAAGGGCUAUCUAUUGCCUUGCACAGCACCAUUGUUUUUAAGGGUUUUACGCAGCAUCACUCUGCUUCUCUUGCUCGGGCCUUUUGCUCUUCUCUUCGUGAUCAGGUGAAGAAAGCUUUAGAAGGACUGCAAGAUCUCUCGGGGACGUUCUUACUUGAUCGAAAACUUUCUCCAAGCUGUGGAAUUUUUUCUUCUCUUUUCCUUGUGGAGUUUCUUCUGUUUCUAGCUGCAUCAAAGGAUAACCGUUGGGUGACUGCAUUGCUUUCGGAGUUUGCAAAUGGAAGCAAGGAUGUUCUGGAGAAUAUAGGCCAUUUGCACCGUGAAAUUCUAUGGCAUAUAGCAGUUUACGAGAGUUCAACGCUGGAAAGUCAAAAUACUUCUACCGAGUCAGAGCAAACAGAGCUGUCUGUAAAUGGAACGGAAGGACAAAGGUUCAGUUCUUUUAGACAGUUUCUGGAUCCAUUAUUUCAGAGGAGAACGUCAGGAUGGAGCGCGGAAUCGCAAUUCUUUGAUUUAAUAAAUCUUUACCGUGAUCUUGGACGUGCAUCGUCUGGAUUUCAACCACGACCAAUCAGCGAUGGUCCCUCUAGUUCAUCAGACUCUUCUGGUAACAGAGAGCUUGAAAGAGAUGGAUCCUAUUAUACAUCAUGCUGUGACAUGGUGAAGUCAUUAUCCUUCCACAUCACUUACAUAUUCCAAGAGUUAGGGAAGGCGAUGCUGCUCCAAUCUCGUAGGAGAGAAGAUACAGUAAAUGUAUCUCCGUCAUCUAAGUUAGUUGCCUCAAGUUUUGCUUCAAUCUCCCUGGAUCACUUGAAUUUUGAAGGCCAUGAGACUGCAGCUGAGGCAUCAAGGUCAACUAAAUAUCUCUACCUUGGCAAGGUUGUUGACUUCAUUGAUGCUGUCCUUCUUGACAGGCCUGAUUCGUGUAAUCCUGUUCUGAUAAAUUGCUUUUAUGGCCGGGGGGUGAUUCAGACGGUUUUGACAACAUUUGAUGCUACUAGCCAGCUUUUAUUCUCAAUUAAUAGGAGCUACUCAUCUCCGAUGGAGACUGAUGAUGUUAAAGGAAAGCUGGAUGAAAAGGAAGACACAGAUCAUGCGUGGAUAUAUGGUCCGCUGGCUAGCUACGGGAAGCUCAUGGACCAUUUGGUUACGUCAUCGUUUAUCUUAUCACCAUCCACAAAACACUUGCUCGUUCAACCAGUAGAAAAUGGGAAUAUUCCAUUUCCACAAGAUGCUGAGACAUUUGUGAAGAUCCUGCAGUCCAACGUGUUGAAAGCUGUGCUUCCGGUUUGGACUCAUCCACUAUUUACAGAGUGUAGUUAUGAUUUCGUCACUGCCCUCAUUUCCAUCAUCAAGCAUGUGUAUUCUGGAGUUGAGCUGAAAAGCUCAGGUGGCAAUGGUAGCGCUCGUGUAACAGGUCCACCUCCCAGUGAAACGACCAUUUCAACAAUUGUGGAGAUGGGGUUCUCCAGAUCCAGAGCCGAAGAAGCUUUGAGACAGGUUGGUUCUAACAGUGUUGAGUUAGCUAUGGAAUGGCUGUUUUCCCACCCAGAAGAAAUUCAAGAGGAUGAUGAGCUUGCUCGUGCUCUUGCAAUGUCUCUUGGAAAUUCUGAAUCAGAUACAAAGCAGAAUGUUUUAGAUGAAACUCGAGAACAGAUUGAAGCAGAAGUAGUCUCACUGCCACCAGUUGAAGAGCUUAUAACAACAUGUACAAGGCUUUUGCAGAUGAAAGAACCCCUUGCUUUUCCCGUUAGAGACUUGCUUGUAUUGAUUUGCUCAGAAAACAAUGGGGAACACCGAUCUGGGGUUAUAUCUGGCCUUCUUAACCGGAUUAAGGAUUGUUGUCCUGUCUUCGAUGACACAAAGAACAAUCUGCUCUCUGCUCUGUUGCAUGUUUUGGCUUUGAUUCUUCAUGAAGAUGCAGGUUCACGCGAAGUUGCGCUGAAGGCCGGUAUUGUAAGACUUGUGUGCGAUGUACUCUCAAAGUGGGAUUCUGGUUGUAUUGAUAAGGAAAAGUUUAAUGUUCCAAAGUGGGUGACGACAGGGUUUCUUGCCAUUGAUAGGCUGCUACAAGUGGACCAGAAAUUAAAUACUGAGCUUAUAGAGGAGUUGCAAAAAGGUGAGACAUCUCUGGCCAUUGAUGAGAGCAAACAAGAAAAGCUACAAUCUGUUUUUGGUUCUCCACAGCUUGUUGAUGUUGACGAUCAGAAGAAGUUGAUUGAGAUUGCUUGUACAUGUAUCCGGAAUCAGCUUCCUUCUGAAACUAUGCAUGCUGUUUUACAACUGUGUUCUACAUUGACAAGGAAGCAUUCUGUUGCUGUCUGCUUUCUUGAUUUUGGAGGUGUGCAAGGACUGCUUUCUCUGCCGAGUAAUAGUCUUUUUCCAGGGUUUGACUCAGUUGCUGCUAGUAUCAUCCGUCAUGUUCUUGAAGAUCCCCAAACGCUUCAGCAAGCCAUGGAAUCUGAGAUAAAACAUGCACUUGCAACACUUUCCAACAGGCACUCAAAUCCGAGAAUCUCUCCACGCAAUUUUUUGUUGAAUGUGAACUCGGUAAUUGCCCGGGAUCCAAUCACUUUUAUCCAGGCAGCUCGUUCUAUAUGCCAAGUGGAGAUGGUUGGUGAAAGACCUUACAUCGUAUUAGUCAAAGAAAAAGAGAAAUCAAAAGACAAAGAGAAGGAUAAGGAUAAGGACAGAGCUGACAAAGAGAAAUCUCAGAUUUCUAAUGAAGUUGCAACUACCACUCCUCCUGGGAGCACCAAGGCUAAAGUUUACCGGAAACCUCCUCAGUCGUUCAUUGUUGUUGUUGAGCUGCUUCUGGAUUCUAUCUGUAAUUUCAUCCCUCCUGCGAAAGAUGACAUGGUUGAAGGUGAUUCUACUUUAGCAGACAUGGAUAUUGAUCUUGCCUCUACUAAGGGAAAAGGCAUAGCGGUUGCUGCUACACCCGAAGAAAAGAAAGCUAUUUCACAGGACAUGUCAGCUUCAUUGGCUAAAAUUGUUUUCAUUCUGAAGCUUUUGAGUGAGAUGCUGUUGAUGUAUUCUUCCUCAAUCCAUAUAAUACUUCGAAGAGAUGCUGAAAUUAACAGUCUUAGAGGUCCUCAACAGAAGACUGGUCAAGUUGGUGGAAUAUUUCAUCAUCUUCUUCACAAGUUUACUCCAUACUCAAGGGUGAAGAAGGAAAAGAAAUCUGAGAGUGAUUGGCGGCAAAAGCUGGCAAGUAGGGCUAAUCAGUUUUUAGUGGGUGCAUCUGUUAGAUCUGCUGAAGCAAGGAAGAGGAUAUUUUCUGACAUUAGCAGUAUCUUCAAUGACUUCAUAGAUACAUCCAGUGCGCUUAGACCUCCAGUUAAUGAAAUACACAUUUUAAUAGAUCUGUUGAGUGAUAUGCUCUCUGCUCGGUCACUUACUGGUUCACAUAUGUCUUCCGAAGCUUCGAAUACUUUUGUUGAUGCUGGAUUGGUUAAGUCUCUUACUCGUACUCUUGAAGUGUUGGACUUGGACAGUGUAGAAUCUCCCAAAGCUGUAACAGGAAUCAUAAAAGUUUUGGAGUUGGUGACUAAGGAGCACGCCCAUUCUGCUGAUUCGAACUCGAAGAAUGAAAAUGCGAACAAGUCAUCUGAUCAAAUUCAAUCAGGAAGAGGAGAUACCACUGCUGAUGCUUCUGAAGCAGGGGAAACUAUGCUGCGGUCUAAUCAUGAUUCCAUGACAGCUGAUCAUGCGGAGAAUUUUGGCGGUUCCCACACUUAUGUUGGUUCAGAAGAUGUGACAGAUGACAUGGAGCAUGAUCAAGACUUGGAUGAAGGUUUUGCCGCAGGUGGGGAUGAUUAUAUGCAAGAAGCAGCUGAGGAUGCUAGGGGGUUGGAAAAUGGGAUUGGGUCGAUGGGUAUAGAGUUUGAGAUGCAUACCCACGUUCAGGAAAAUCUUGAUGAAGAGGAAGACGAAGAGAUGUCUGGUGAUGAGGGUGACGAAAUAGAUGAGGAUGAAAACGAUAAUGAAGAAGAAGACGAGGAGGACAAUGACUUGGAAGAAGAAGAAGAAGAAGAUGAUGUACAUCACCUACCUCAUCAUGACACCGAUCAAGAUGAUCAUGAGCUUGAGGAUGAUGAAUUUGAAGAGGAAAUACUGGUUGAAGAGGAUGAAGAGGAUGAAGAUGAUGAGGAUCGGGUAAUUCUCAGGUUUGAGGAUGGAAUCAAUGGGCUAAACGUUCUUGAUCAUUUGGAGGUUCUUAGAGAUCAUAGAUUUUCUGAUGAAACACUUCAUGUAAUGCCUGUUGAAGUUUUUGGCUCGAGACGUCAAGGACGAACAACUUCUAUUUACAGCCUUCUUGGCAGAACUGGGGAUGGUGCUACUCCUUCACAGCAUCCUCUUUUAUCUGGAUCUCCAUCACUUCCAGUGUCCCAAAGUCAAACAGAAAGCACAAGUGAUCUUACUGUUGGAGGUAGGGAUUCCAACGGUAGUUCUUCGUCACGGCUGGAUGCUAUAUUCCGAUCUUUGAGGAAUGGCCGGCAGGGGCAUCGUUUGAAUUUAUGGGCUGAUGACAGCCAGCAAAUUGUUGGAUCUGGCGCUUCUACAGUACCACAAGGCCUUGAAGAUUUACUGGUAUCUCAGUUGAGACGUCCCGGCUCUGAUAAUCCUUCUGAUCAGAAUCCAUCUGUUUUGGAACCUCAAUCACAGGCUGAGAGUGGGCAGCCCCAGGAGGCAACUGUCAGACCUGAUGAAAACGCCACUAAUAAUGGAGGUGCCAAUGUGUCUGCCCCCUCUAUCGUUUCGCCAGUUGCAUCUGCUCCCCCGGAUACACGAGCCACUGCUACUGAUUCUGUCUCCAGCUUGCGGUCUCAGUCAGUCGAAAUGCAAUAUGAUCCAAAUGAUUCAACUGUUCGGGAUGUUGAAGCGGUGAGUCAAGAAAGCGGCGGGAGUGGGGCAACCUUGGGUGAAAGCCUUAGGAGUUUGGAUGUUGAGAUUGGAAGUGCUGAUGGACAUGAUGAUGGUGCAGAAAGGCAUGAUGUACAGCCAGCGAUGCGCUCAAGAAGAGCAAAUUUGUCACUUGCGCCAUCUUCAACUGGGCGAGAAGCUUCUCUUUACAGUGUAACUGAGGUUUCUGAGAACUCCGGUCACGAGGCUGAGCAGGAUAAUCCACCAGAGGAGCAACCAGUUAACAGGGAUGUUGCUUCUAGUUCUAUCGAUCCAGCAUUUUUAGAUGCUCUACCUGAGGGACUGCGAGCUGAAGUCCUUUCGGCUCAGCAAGCACAAGCGCCACAACCUUCUAGCAAUGAACAGCAGAAUUCUGGAGAUAUUGAUCCGGAGUUUCUUGCUGCGCUUCCUGCUGAUAUCCGAGCUGAAGUUCUGGCACAGCAACAAGCACAACGGCUUCACCAGUCUCAUGAACUUGAAGGUCAGCCUGUUGAGAUGGACACCGUUUCAAUAAUUGCAACUUUUCCUUCGGAGUUGCGAGAAGAGGUGUUGCUGACGUCAGAUGAUGCCGUUCUUGCAAAUUUAACACCUGCACUGGUUGCGGAAGCAAACAUGUUACGCGAAAGGUUUGCUCAUCGAUACCAUAACCGUGCACUUUUUGGUAUGCAUCCAAGACUUCGUAGAGGGGAGGCAUCCAGGCGAGGUGAAGGUGGCAUAUCUGGAAUUGAGAGAAGUGAGGGGAUUGCUUCUCGCAGAUCUGCUUCAAAGGUUAUAGAGGCCGCUGGAGCUCCCCUAGUUAACACUGAGGCGCUCCAAGCAAUGAUUCGUGUUCUUCGUAUAGUUCAGCCUCUUUACAAGGGUCCUCUGCAGAGGCUUUUGCUGAAUUUAUGUUCUCACGGAGAAACAAGGUUUUCCUUGGUGAAUACAUUCAUGGAUAUGCUGAUGCUCGACACAAGGAAGCCUGUUAACCACUCGAGUGUUUCCGAACCACCUUAUCGUCUUUAUGCUUGUCAAAGCAAUGUAACAUAUUCACGUCCUCAGCACUUUGAUGGGGUUCCUCCUCUAGUGUCUCGGCGUGUACUUGAGACUUUGACAUAUUUGGCACGAAAUCAUUUGUACGUAGCAAAGAUUCUGCUUCAGUCCAGGCUUUCCCUGCCUUCCCUUGAAGGUUCUGUACCCUCUGACAAGGCACGUGGAAAAGCUGUUGUAGUAAGUGAUGAUCACAUGGGCAGAACGCAGCAGGAACCCGGAUCUGUAGCCUUUGCGUUGCUUCUAAGCCUCCUGAAUCAGCCCCUUUAUUUGAGAAGUGUGGCUCAUCUUGAACAGCUGCUGAACUUGCUGGAGGUUGUCAUUGACAACGCUGAAAGAAAGUCUGAGCCAGGUGACGGAUCAGAUGGGUCAGCUAGCGAGCAGCAAUCAACACCACAAGUAGUAGAAGCUGAAAAUAAUUCAGAAAACCAUGAUAUGGAAUCUGGCACUGCUGGUAAAUAA